AUGGGUGAUGAGCUGACUGAAAAUGGAGAAGUAGGCCUGAAUGAAAAACAAGCUACAGAUCCCGACGAAGACAAACAAACAAACGUAGAGAAAAUAGAUAUAGACAAAAAUAAAGAUAUAGAUAUAGAUAAAGAUAGUAAAGAUAAAAUGAAUUACACAGAAACUAUCCGGCAGAGAGACAACGAAUCAAAUUAUAUACAAAAUAUAAAAAAUUCAAAACUAUCUUUAGGAGACUACUCAAAGGACGAGACACUACUGACUGAUUCAAAAACCGUAGUCAGAUUUUCUCCAGUAUGGAAACAGACUUUAGCAUCUAUGGCGGCUAUCUUGAUGACAUUCUCCGCUGGGCUCACGUCAGGCUACUCCGCAAUACUCCUGCCUCAACUAAAAGAUACCAAUAGCAGCAUACCGUGUGAUGAAAGUACAGCCUCCUGGAUUGCGGCGAUGGCGGCGUUACCAAUGGCACCUGGUUGUCUGAUCGGUGGUUGGCUCAUGGAAAAGUUUGGAAGACGAAACGCUCACUACAUGGUCUGCGCUCCCUUCCUCCUUGGCUGGAUCCUCAUAGCCUGCGCCAACAACCUCGCCCUCAUACUCUUGGGAAGAUUCUUCACAGGUCUUUGCGUUGGUCUCAUUGGACCACUUGGACCCGUCUUCAUCAGUGAAACCACAAGCCCACAGUAUAGAGGAAUUUUCCUUGCGGGAAUAUCAUUAGCCAUCGCCGUGGGUAUUUUUGUAGCACAUCUCAUAGGAACGUAUAUACAUUGGCAGUGGACGGCUGUGAUUUGCUGCCUCUUCCCCAUCAUGUCAGUGGUUCUAUUAAGCCUGAUCCCCGAGAGCCCUACCUGGUUAAUAGCUAAAGGACAACUUGAAGACGGCGUGAAAUCUUUCCAUUGGUUACGAGGUUAUGAUGAAGAAGCAAAGAACGAACUGAAAGGAAUCAUAGAAAAACAAAAAGCUCAAGAUUCUGAACCGGUGCCGACGUGGCGAGAGAAGAUUAACAGCCUGAAAUCACCGACGCUGUUAAAACCUUUGUUUAUAAUGAUAAUAUUCUUUGUAACUUGCCAAUUCUCUGGUGUUAACGCGGUAGCCUUUUAUUCUAUUGAAAUAAUUGAAAGAGCCGUAGGUACAGGCAUCGAUCAUUACAUGGCUAUGUUAGGAAUAGAUUCUCUGAGAACAUUUAUGUCUGUUGUUGCGUGCGUCAUUUGUAAGAAAUUUGGAAGACGCCCAUUGUGCAUGAUAAGUGGAAUCUUUACAGCUCUAUCUAUGGUUGCAUUAUCCAUGUUUCUGUACUGGGCUGAUGGAAAACAAACUAAUCUAUCUUGGAUUCCUCUUUCUUGUCUGAUGUUAUACAUAUGUGCCAUUUCUAUAGGCCUCGUGCCUUUGCCAUGGAUGAUGUGUGGAGAACUGUUCCCAACACGAGUUAGGGGUUUGGGAUCAGGUAUUAGUUCAGCAACAACAUUUGUCUCAUUCUUUAUAGUAGUUAAGACUGCGCCAGGUAUGAUGUCCAAUUUAGGAGAAGUCUUCACAUUUCUGAUCUAUGGUAUCGUAGCGCUUGUAGGGACGGGAAUACUUUAUUUCGUUUUACCAGAAACGAAAGGCAAGAGUCUUCAGGAAAUAGAAGAUAAAUUUAAAAGUAAUAAAAUAAGCAUAGCAUAA